AUGGUUACCCCUCAGUUCGCGAUCCCUCCUGAAUUCCAAGCAGAUCUAAAUUAUGUUGAAUCCCUUGAUACCCGUUCAGACGAGGAAAUCAUCUCUUCCAUCGAUACCUAUACUCCAGUGACAUCAGAAGAAAAAAAAUAUAUAUGGGCUUUCUGGCACUCCGGUGUCAAAUCCAUGCCCGGGUGGUGCGCCCGUAAUGUUGUUAGCUGGGCUCGCCUCAGUGGCCCCUCAUGGACAAUUCGAGAGCUUGACUCUAUCCCCGAUUCACCCAAUUACGUGUUAUAA